AUGAGGCGGGGACGGGACCCCCUGACCCUGACAGGGGUGUCCUGGGGUGACUUCAUGAUGCUCGACAAAUCCCCACAGCAGAACCUCGUGGAAGAGGCUGUUUUGAGUGACUCCACAGUGCAGGAACCCAAUGGGGAGGAAAAGUCCCGGCAAUCCCGCACAAGGAGGGGCUGCAAACCCAGCCCAGGGUGCUCUGAGGAGGAAAGACCCACCCUGAACCAGGAAGGUGGACAGAGCUUUAGCCAGAGCUCAGAGCUGGUGGCCCAUGAGCAGCUUCAUGACAGCGAGAGGCCCUAUGAGUGCUUGGAGUAUGGGAAGAACUUCAGGAAGAGAUUCAACCUGAUCUGCCACCAGAGGAUCCACACUGGGGAACGGCCCUACAAGUGCUUGGAAUGUGGGAUGAACUUCAGCCACAGAUCCGACCUGGUUGUCCACCAGAGGUUCCACACCGGGGAGAGGCCCUACGAGUGUCCCAAGUGUCAGAAGAGGUUUCACACCAGCACCCACCUCCUUGUACAUGAGCGCAUUCACACGGAGGAGAGGCCCUUCUGCUGCCCCGACUGCAGGAUGGGCUUCAGGCACAGAUCCACCCUCGUCACCCACCAGCGCAUCCACACUGGGGAGAGGCCCUACGAGUGUCCCCAGUGUGGGAAGAGCUUCUCAGACCGCUCGUUCUUUACCCGACACCAACAGAGGCACCGGUAAGGGCAGCCCUGUGAGUGCCCCAACUGCAGGAGGAGCUUCAUGCACUGCUCCAGCUUCAUCCCCCAUGGGAGGACCCACGUUGGUCAGAGCCCU